ACACACACACACACACACACACCGGGCUUUUGGUGGGAAUAUGAGUUCAACUGGACCCUCAUGUAACUUCGCUUACAGGCUAGGCAAGCGGCCCGGUUGGUUUAUUUGACUCCACGCUGGCUCAUUCAUCUGUCUCUAAGCUGCCAAGAAUCAACAGCAAACAUGCCAGAAAUCCAGCUCAAACACGUCGUGUCCUGCAGCACCGAGGACACUACUCACAAGGCAGACAACCUGCUGAGCUCUGACACCUACAGAAAGUGGAAAGCAGCAAGACCCGGGGAGAAGCAAACAUCAGUCAUUCUGCAGUUUGAGAAGGAGGAGCAGGUGCACAGCAUCGAUAUUGGAAAUGAAGGAUCAGCUUUCAUCGAGGUGUUGGUGGGGAAUUCUUCAGCUGUCAGAGAUCAGGACUAUGAGGUUCUUUUGGUCACGUCUUCCUUCAUGUCCCCCACGGAGAGCCGUAAUGGCACCAACAUGAGCCGGGUGCGUUUCUUUGGGCCCAACCAACUGCAGAAGAGCACAGCACAGGAGAAGUGGGACAGAGUGAAAAUUGUGUGUAGCCAGCCAUACAGCAAGAACAUAGCAUACGGACUGGCCUUUGUUAAGUUUCAUUCACCGCCUGACAAAAAUGAUCCUCCAACAACCUCCCCGAAACUGACAAAGCUGGGACAGUUCAGGGUGAAGGAUGAGUCUCCUUCAUCCGGGCCCAGCCUUCAGCCCGGCAGUCUCUUCUUCAGUCGGGACAAUGCAACGAAGUCCAGCACUACACUCAAAGAGUCUCCUCAGAGUCAGAAGUUGAGUUAUGCUGCUGCUGCUCUGCAGACUGGUGGCAGCUCCCACUCAUCAGGCCAAGCUUCCUCCUCCAGCUCUGCCUCACCUCAGCCACCAGCAAAAAGAAAAUUUGAGUUCAGCAAAGAGCGACAGUCUGCCUCUGGCCCUCCACCCUCGAAGAAAAUAAGCCCAUCUGGCUCACCUGAGGGCAAAGCUGUGACCCCCAAACAAAGGCCGAGCCCAGCCAGCACAUCGAGCCCCAGCACUGCGAAAGCUUCCCCGGCACAAAAGUCUGCUGACAAGAAGCGGGAGUCCCUGUCCAAACCCGAACCUAAACCCAAACAACAGAAAGCUAAAUCCGAGAACAUGCAGACAGUCCCAUUCAAACGGAUGAUGGAGGGUGUGGUGUUUGUCCUCAGUGGCUUCCAAAACCCCUUCAGAGGGGAGCUGAGGGAAAAGGCUCUGGACAUGGGAGCCAAAUAUCGACCCGACUGGACACCCGACUCCACACACCUCAUGUAUUUGAUGGAUGGAGCAGAGUCGAGCUCGGAAAGCGAAAUGGAAGUGGACGACGAGAGUGAAGAGGAAAUGAACACGAAGAAACAGGAGAGACAAGUGACCCCGAAAAAGACACCGGAAAAGAGGAAGGAAGAUGAUGAGUAUGCAGGCUCCACUGAUGUGGAUGAACCAGGUGGUGAUGAUGAAUCUGCAGUGGACACGGAGGACGAGCUGCAGAGGGUGGAGAACGAGAGCAGACAGAAGAAAGCGGCAUCAGAAAGGAAGAUGGUGAAAGAGGAGGAUCCAUACGGGGGGUCGACAGAUGAAAACACAGACGCUGAGGCUGAGCAAGAUCAUCCCAUCCCUGACCUACCAGACUUCUUGACGGGAAAACACUUUUUCCUCUACGGUAAAUUCCCAAACAACGAGAGGCGCCUACUGCUUCGAUACAUCGUCGCUUUUAACGGUGCGAUUGAGGACUACAUGACAGAGAAGGUGCAGUUUGUGGUGACCAGUGAAGGGUGGCAUGACUCCUUUGAAGACGCGCUGAUGGAGAACAGCAAUCUGAACUUUGUCAAACCCGCAUGGAUUUACGCAAUCAAUGAACGACAGAAGAUGCUGCCGUAUCAACCCUACACUGUCGUCCCCUAACCAGUGCACUGUAUGUACAAACAAGGAUGUGCGCAGACACUCGCGCGUCACAUCCUGACCAAGAAGCAAUGGAGAAAGCUGUGUACACACAUUUUGACUUUUUCAGAUUCACCACUUCACCUACAUAAAAGCAAUAACCCAAUUAUAGUUCAUUAAUGCUUUUAUAUGGUUUUAUACUUGCUAUACAUGAAAUGUCUUCAGUCCUCGGAUGUUUUCAUCACAGGUGUUCUCCCCUUUUUGGCCAAGCUGUGGAAAAAAAGUAUUUAAAUGGCGUGUGUUGACGUUAAUGUUAGCAUUAGGUUUAGAUUUAUUAUUAGCUUUUAAUUUGAAGGUUGUUAGCUCUUGCAUGGCCAGAACGUAACAUCUUCAUCAUCAGUGUGCCGCUCAGUCACUUUGGCUUCAUGAACAAAGCACCCACUUCUCUCUGAUUCAGGACUUGUUUGAAUUUCUCAGUUCCUGUGCUGCAGUUUGCUGCCGCUCACCUCGGCUACCUCAGGCUCCGUCUGGAAUGAGUUAUCACCCUGUCCUGACUGCCAGCGGCACUGAUAAGACUCACACUUGUGUAAGCGGGCAGACCAUUAUGAGACCAGCCCAGAGUCAGGUGAAAAGUGCCAGUUAUAUCAGGCUGCAGCCACAAAAUGCAAAAAAAAAAAAAACGAAAACACAGAACGACUCAAUUCUAGAAAUGAAAAUGAAUACUGGGUUUGUUUUUUUCCUUUAUUUUAUUAAAUGUCAUAAGUGUUAAAUUGAUGGAUUUCUGUGUGUUGUGAAAGUUUGAUAUGGGUUGUGUUUUGGUUUUAUUCACGUUGGGCAAUUGAUAUUACAGCAGAUGGACUGGCUUGACAGGUGAGGAUGUAAACAGACGUCAGGGUUUUGCGUCAUUCAAGAUUUCCAAAAUGCUUCUUAAGACACGAGGCGAUGUCUGGUUUGCCGUCUGGUUUGCCGUCUGCUUUGGCUGUUUGCUUGUCAAAAGCAGCCUGUUAAAGUCUCUACCCUGAAGUGUUUUUUUUCUUUAUGGUUCUUAAUUAUUUUGUCUAAAUAAAAAAAUAGAUUUUUAAGUAAA